AUGUCCAGCUCGCACUCGUCUGGGUCGUCCAGCGGGCGGCUCUCGGGGGCGUCGCCCCACCCGCCGCCCAUGCUUGGCGCCUCCCUGACGCCCAAGAGCCUGCUCAAACGAUGCAAGCUACCCACUGCGGCUCACCUCCACACGCCCGCCGCGCCCACGGGCCUGGACCUCUCACGCCCACUCCUGCUCUACCAGAACUACACGUCAACCAAGGUCCGCGGCGUGUCCCUCCGGCCGGGUCGCGACGGCGCCCUCACCCCCGUCGGCCCGGCCAUCGUCAUCCCAGACUCCUACACAGGCUGGUUCGCCAUCGUGACGAGCGAGGGCCAGACGGCGCCCUUCUUCUCGUCGGUGGAGCAGGUCGCCACCAGCAAGGUCUCCUUCUUCCUCACCAGAUACGACGUGCCCGCCUACACCAACCUCAAGGAUGAAAACGGGCGCAUGACCUACCAGAAAACAGUGGUCCAAAGUGGCCACGUGCUAAAGCUGCUGGGCAUCUUCGAGGACCUCAACGCCCGGAGAACCAACAGCUCUGGACGAGGGCGCGAUGCCGGCCCCGUCUAUGUGUGUGAUAAAUAUGCACAGUGCCUCAACUAUAGAAACGAGGUGGUGUUCCUUCCGUUCUCGGCGUCGGGGCGCUUCUACACGACGGCGCACAAGACGAGCAAGAACCCCAACCACGUGUACCUAAUGGCGCACAUCCUUAAGAACCACAAGCUGCCCCUCACCGUCAGGCUCGUGUGCGGCUUCAUGCCCCGUGUCCCGUGCAACUUCACCGGAGUGCUGCGACUGGAGGACGCGGAGAAGGAGGCUGUCAUCCUCGCGUGCACGAUGACCAACGAGGCUCGAGCGACCCUGUUCGAGAUCGACGUGGCGUCCAACUUCGUCCUGACGCCCGUGAAGGACCCGCUGUUCCCCAAGUCGCCCAUCUUCCUCAAGACCGUCUCCUACUGCGAGGACGAGGCUGAACCGUGGCGGCGACAGAUCAAGGUCACGCAUCACGUGACCGAGAAGAGGUCGCGGUCCCUGAGUCGCUCGCUGAGCGACAAGUUCGUGGAGCAGCCGCGGCCGGCCGGCUUCGCCUUCCUGGCCGACGUCGAGAAGAGGAAGAACCGAGGCCGAGAGAAGUCGCGGGACCGCCUGGCCGUCCGCCUCGGCGAGAGGGCGCGCGACAAGAGCCGGGACAACAUUCUUCGGAGCCGCAGCAAGGAGACGCUGCUCGACCACAGCCCCAGCAAGAUCAACUGCAAAGGCCAAGAUCAGAGGAAGCUGUCCAAGCAGAACACGUACAUCUUCCAGAACGGACGCAGCCCGCGGACGCAGCAGAAGAAGCAGGAGGCCGACGCCGUCCGCAGACUCAACCGAUCUAUCGAGAACCUGGACUACUCGAGGGUCGCGGAUGACAUCAGCCCCGUGCACGAGGCGGAGGAGGACGAGGACGAGGAGGCGCACUACACCGAGAUCUGCGAGUACAUCCUCAACAGGAAGUCCCCGCUGAAGAACGAGAGGCCGGGGCGCCAGCGGUCCGCCGACAAAGAGAACGGGACUCGCAGGGCAACAGGGCGCGGCCCGGAGAACAACCUGAGCUUCACUCUUCUCAAGAAGGACAUCGGCGGAUACUACGUCAAGAUCCCGGGCUUCGAGGUGCCGAAGGAGGAGCUGGACCAAGGGCUCUCGCCGGAGCCCAGCAAAGGAAGCGACUCGCUGUGCUGAUCGCCAAGGAGGCUGAUGCUCCUGUUGCCGGGGACAUCGGAUGUGCUGCGGGAAUUCCAUAUCAAAGCACGAGUAGUGUGAGCCAAGGACAGAUAUCCAGAUCAUGGCAACGGAAUGGAAAAAGAACUUAUUCAGAGACAACACAGAGUAAUAGGUGGCUCGAAAAGUGGCAAAUAUGUAUGUGUGUGUGUGUGUGUGUGUGUGUGUGUGUGUGUGUGUGUGUGUGUGUGUGUGUGUGUGUGUGUGUGUGUGUGUGUGUGUGUGUGUGUGUGUGUGUGUGUGUGUGUGUGUGUGUGUGUGUGUGUGUGUGUGUACACUGAAUCGUGCAAUUUAGCGUUGAAAAGGUGAUAAUGGUGGAUUCUAAGAUUCCUUAGUGGCAGAAACUUUCGAGUGUGAAAACUAUACAUUUUCCUCAAUGGUGCUCACAACACUCAGUCUAACUCCGACUUACUGGCAGAUAAAUCAGUGGUCGUCGAAUCUUUCACGGCUGCCAGAGGGUCGUUAUUUUCGCCCCUUAGUUCGGUACAACGGUUGAAAGUAUUACUGUAUUUCUAUAAAGGCAACAAGACAUGGAAGAGUGGCGUGCCUUGUGUGUGAAAUGUGAAAGGAUAUCUGACUGAUACUAGUAGUAUUUUUUCCAUUAAAAAUAAUCAUGAAACGUUUCGAAAACUGUGUAUGAUUGCGAAAUUCGUCUAGUCACUGGUAUUGUUUUUGUUAACCUUUUCGUUAUUUCUGGAUUAAAUUCGCUAGCAAAAAUACUAGCAAGAUAUGUUCAUAAAUUGAAGCUGCUGAAAAAAAUAGAUUAGUACCUGCUAUCAUUCCCAUGAUACCCAGCGUGAAUCACAUGCAGAACGUGGGUUCAGUGUAUUCGAAAAAGAAGCAUCUAAAGUCUUGGGGAAGGUACUUUUAUUGUUAGGCUGUAUGAUAAUCAGUAUGUUUAUUGGCAUCGCAAGCUGAUAUACGGAAAAUAUAUUUUUUUUCUUAUUGUGAAUGCCAACUGACUGCAAAUGACUUGCCAGUGUAUUUUAUAUUGAGAAACUGGCUUAUUUUUUAUCUUGUCUGUGUAUGAAUGUUACGGUGAGUGAUGUUUUUAAUAACACGACGCUGUUAUACAGCUUGUAUUUGAUGCCCAAGAGUAUAAUUCUUGGGCCGUAUAACUGACUGAUAACUUUUUGUACAGUAUUACUCAUAUAUAUGAAGAACAUGUAUUUUGUGUACUUUUAUAUACAUAAAGACUGUCACAUAAUGCAGGACUCCAGUCGUGUACAGCAAUAUACCAAUUCUGUACUUUCCAAUAAUUAUAGGCGUGAAUAAUUUGACAUUUCUUUAAAAGUGCAUUGAUUGAAUAAAAAGCUGGGAGAAGACGUCGGGUUCAAAUGACAUUCUCAGAAUAUUUGAGACUCACCGUGUUAAUUCUGUUAAAAUUUGGUAUGAAACACAUUGUAAAAUUAAUACAUAUCAGUGUUUAAAUUAAAUUCUCUUUAAGAAUA